AGCGGGCGGUGCGAAUGUCAGCUUCUACCCAUUUAGACCGAGCAGAAGGCGGAGCGUGCCGUGUACUGACCAAUAUGUGGCCGCCGGGGUGGGACUCCUGUAUUUACUGUUUACGUCUGUGAAAAAAACUAGGUCAGAGAACACUGGGCCCCAGUUAUAUUUGGUUACAGCUCUAUAUUUCACUGGAAAGACUCGCGCCGAUCCCAAGUAGCUCGGGGAGUGUCACGGCAAGGACACGCGCAGCGAGACGGAGAUCAAAUCUGUACAGUGCUAUGUCUCGUCGGAAUAGGAACAGUCGUGCUUGGCGCUUUGUUUGGAGUGGUGUUCGCCGGGAUACUGAAUCCAGGGCACUUGUCCUGCCUUCAGAUGUGGAAGAAUUUGGAUACGAACGACUGCAGUUCAGUGACUCAGAUUCUGAAACAGAAUUGCCAUCAUUAACCCCUGCUGUCCCAAGUCCAGUUCCAGUGACAGGGGAGUCCUACUGCAGCUGUGACUCCCAGGCAGAGCCAACAUACAACUCCAAACUGAGGGGCUUCCAUCGUGUCAAAGACUGCAGCUGUGGAGAAGAUGACCAAGAGUUUGAGUGGGUGUGGGAUGAUGGAAACAAGUCGACCGCCACAUUGCUGAGCUGUGAUAACCGCAAAGUGAACUUCCACAUGGAGUACAGCUGUGGAACAGCAGCCAUCCGGGGCAACAAGGAGCUGGCCGAAGGGCAGCACUUCUGGGAGAUUAAAAUGACUUCUCCUGUGUAUGGCACUGACAUGAUGGUAGGAAUUGGAACUUCUGAUGUCAAUCUUGACAAAUACCGGCACACAUUUUGCAGCCUUCUAGGCAAAGAUGAAGACAGCUGGGGUCUCUCCUAUACAGGCUUACUGCAUCACAAAGGGGAUAAAGUGAACUUCUCUUCCAGAUUUGGCCAAGGGUCCAUUAUUGGAGUUCAUCUAGACACCUGGCAUGGAACUCUGACCUUCUUUAAGAAUCGAAAAUGCAUAGGUGUUGCUGCUACAAAGCUGCACGACAAGAAGUUUUACCCGAUGGUGUGCUCCACCGCAGCAAAGAGCAGCAUGAAGGUGAUCCGCUCCUGCUUCUCCCCAACCUCGCUGCAGUAUCUGUGCUGUGCCCGACUUCGGCAGCUCCUGCCAGAGUGUGUGGACACGCUGAGUGUCCUUCCUCUGCCCCCCGGACUCAAACAUCUGCUCAAGUAUAAGCUGGGCUGGGUGUUGCGUAUGAACAGCGGUGCCAGUGAAACGAGCGAUAAGGCCUCGGCAUCAAACUCGCCUUCUGUCUCCUCCUCCUCCUCGGGAAGUGACUCUGAUGGCAGCGCUUCAGACCCAGAGGCUUGUCAAAGGAAGCGCUGCCGGUGGACUUGAGCCUGUGGGAUGUCAAGAGGAAGGUUCUGUUUAGGAGCUCGUAGACGUGCCACUGGUCCCCACCUUCAUUUACAGACUAAGGACAAGAGCGUUGGGAAGACGAGCGAGAGAAGUGCGUUCACGCUGUCCAGCUUCUCUCCUACAUUUAUCUGCAGUCGGAAUGGUGUGGCGGGUCUCUUCAGCGCUGGCUCAUCGGCUUGACUUCUGCCGUAUUCCAUUGUGCUCAUCUCCUCCAUGGACUCGAGAAGCUUGCUGCCUGAAUCCCUCGUCACGUUUGAACACACGCGGUGCGUCUGGACUGAGCUUCACUUGGCAGAUUGCAAAGGGCACCUAAACUGGGAUUGAAAGGGAUGGUGGAAAACACAGAGACACAGUUUGUGCCGUCUUGGAGACCCUCUGGACUGGCCGGCAGUGGGAAGGGUCUUGUGAACAAGCCCACCUCUCACACACACAGGUGCGCGUUACUAAUGACUCACUGCGUUCUCUUCAUAGCAGUCGGCUUUUGUUUCUCCCAAAUGACAUCUUGGGCUUCAUUUUAAGAUUUUCAGAAUUAAAAAGUCAAACAGAAAACAAAAAAG